ACGCCGGUGACCUUCAGUGGGGCUCGGCGUGUCCCGCCCGCUCCGGUGCCCGCGGCAGCUCAGCAUGGCGCCCGCCAGGAAGUUCUUCGUCGGCGGGAACUGGAAGAUGAACGGCGACAAGAAGAGCCUCGGGGACCUCAUCGCCACCCUCAACGGCGCCGGCCUGCCCGACGACACCGAUGUGGUGUGCGGGGCCCCCACCAUCUACCUGGAUUUUGCGCGGCAGAAGCUGGACCCCAAGAUCGCCGUGGCCGCCCAGAACUGCUACAAGGUGCCCAAGGGUGCUUUCACCGGAGAAGUCAGCCCAGCCAUGAUCAGGGACUGCGGUGCCACCUGGGUCAUCCUGGGCCACUCCGAGCGGAGACACGUCUUCGGGGAGUCCGAUGAGCUGAUAGGGCAGAAGGUAGCCCACGCCCUGGCCGAGGGGCUGGGCGUCAUCGCCUGCAUUGGGGAGAAGCUGGACGAGCGGGAAGCGGGCAUCACCGAGAAGGUGGUCUUUGAGCAGACCAAGGUCAUCUCAGACAACGUGAAGGACUGGAGCAAGGUGGUUCUGGCCUACGAGCCCGUCUGGGCCAUCGGCACCGGGAAGACGGCCACCCCCCAGCAGGCUCAGGAGGUCCACGAGAAGCUGCGCGGCUGGCUCAAGAGCCACGUCUCGGACGCCGUGGCCCAGUCCACCCGGAUCAUCUACGGCGGCUCGGUGACAGGGGGCACCUGCAAGGAACUGGCCUCCCAGGCCGAUGUGGACGGCUUCCUGGUUGGCGGGGCCUCCCUAAAGCCCGAAUUUGUCGACAUCAUCAACGCCAAGCACUGAGUACCCACCGGGGACUAGGGACCAGCCCCCCCACCAUCCCGAUGCUUAUGCUGGAAAAGCACCCCACCCCGCCCCAUCACCCAUCUACUUGGUCUUCCUCUCCCCUGUCCCCUCCACAUCCUCCCCGUCUUGGUACCCCUGUGGCAUCACAAGGGCCUCAGGUGGCCUGGGGGUGGGGGCUCUAAACAGUCGCCCACCACAACCCUGGUUGCCCCCACCCCAUCGCGGUCCAGACCCACUUCCCGCAGGCUGGGGCGGCGCGGCCGCCCGCCUGACGGUGCCGACGUUGUGUGUCCUGUGUGUGCCCGCACGCGUGUCGGGGGGAGCAGCCCCUGCUUAGGGCAGAAAUAAAUACUGUGGAAACA